AUAGACGAACCUUUGAAUCACGAAUCUUGGUCGUUAGUCCUAGAAAGGACAUAUCUUGGUCAAGAAACAUACCCUACGUUGAUAUAUCCAAGAGAUAUUGAAGAAGCAAUCUUUUCUUAUAUCAACACACAAAGGUGUAGAGCUAGAUAUCCCGGACGAAUCAUAAUUCAGAAGGGAUUUAGGUGGCAAUAA